GAAAAGAGCAUAGUUAGCUCGAGAUUUAAUAUUUUGUCUAGUUCUCUUUUUCUCUCUCUCUCCUCCCUUGUUUUUAGAGACAGUGCGAGACAAUGCGACACAAUUGCUGACCUUAUUUAAUUUAAAUUUGGCUUUGCUCGCCCUGCCAGAUCCGCCACGCGUCGUCCAAGUUUGCGACCUCAACGCAGACAGGAAAUUAACUUGGCGGAAGAGUUCGACAUCUUGCAGAUAGUCGGGGAAGGAUGGUUCGGGAAGAUCCUUCUCGUGGAGCACAGAGUGACGGACACCGAAAUGGUCCUGAAAGCCCUUCCGAAGCCUUACGUGACUAUAAAAGACUUCUUCAGGGAGUUCCACUACGGACUCCAGCUCGCGGCGCAUAAAAACAUAAUAACAACAUACGACGUCGCAUUCGAGACUGCAGGCUUCUACGUCUUCUCUCAGGAGUACGCUCCUCUUGGCGAUCUCACCUCGAAUAUAUCAGAGACUGGGAUCGGUGAGAUUCAUUCCAAAAAAGUCGCAAAGCAGUUAGCGGCGGGACUAGACUAUAUUCACGCCCACGACCUCGUCCACAGGGAUGUGAAGCUGGACAACAUUUUGGUCUUCAAGUCGGACUUCUCGAGGAUCAAGCUGUGCGAUUUCGGCGAGACGAGGAGGGCGCGAACCCCGGUCAUGAGGAGAAACGAAUGGAUUCCAUACUCACCGCCCGAAGUCUUGGCCACCCCUGUCGACGUAGAGUACAAAUGUGAGACAUGCCAUGACGUCUGGCAAUUUGGCAUAGUUAUAUUCGUAUGUCUGACUGGCUGCUUGCCGUGGCAGAAGGCGGCCAUGGAUGAUCCGAGGUACGCCAGGUACCUGUACUGGCAUGGUUCGGCCGGCGUCCUCCAGCCAGUCAGAAAGCCCAAACUGUUCAAAAUGCUCUCUUCUAAAGCGCAACGCUGGUUCAGAAAGCUCCUGGAGCCCAAGGCUGAAAAACGGCCGCCGGCCGUGUGCGAACUCUCCAGGUACCUUGAGGAGAGAUGGCUCGCCAAGUCUUCAAGCGAUCGCACAGAAGAUGAACGUGAAGACGAACUACUUUGUCCUUCAAUGUACAGCUUCCACAGCAGCCUCGAAGAGAAAAACGUACUCCUCUCCACGCUCAUGGAGUACGGCCUAGAAACGACUGUUGACCGUAAGAGCAAGAAGGACAGGAUACGCCAGUGGAUCCAGAACAGCUCGAUAGCAGAGGAAGAAGAAGAAGAGCCCAUGGCAGCUUCGAACAUGGAAAGGGAGCCUUCGAGGAGGAGAAGAGACAAGAAGUAUGAUAUCGCCUCCGACACAUCCGGUACCACAGCGAGUGGAUCUCAGGGACAAUAAUCAUAUGAGGAUUUUCCCAAAGAAAACAAAUAACAGGCCAAAAAAGACCAUUUUUAUAUACAUAUAACAUGAAAUUUUGUUUUUCUCUCGGCUUAUCUUUUGUACAUAAAAUUGUACAUAAAUUCAAUGGAUUUAUGGAAUUUUUGAAUAGCUGUGAUUUGUUAUAUUUUAGCCAUAUACGGUUGAAGAGUUUCUUGCGUUUUGUUUUAAAAGAACGCUGUACAAAAUUCCUUGUCAGGGCGCAUUUUCAAAACACACUUUUCCCCUUUUACAAAAAUGAAAUUUAAUGUCAAUUUUAUUAUUUGUACAGCCUUACAUGUAUGUAAUGAUUUUUGUGAUAUUCUGAUGAAUAGAGUAUUUUCUUUUUCUUUUUUUACUCGAAUGAAAAAUCAGUGUUU